AUGCCACCACCUGCUGCAAUCCGCAGCCCUUCCACAAUGCCCAACUGGGAAGUCCGCCUCUCCAGCUCGCGUGGUGUGCCAUACUACUACAACUCGGAGACAAGGGAGUCUUCGUGGGAAGCACCCUCAGGCCUCACCCAGGAGGAGAUCGUUUCCCUCCCAGGCGCGAAGCAGUACCUCAGUGGUGACAAGCCGGCGCAGGUACGGGCCAGUCACCUCCUCGUCAAGCAUCAGGGGAGCAGGCGGCCGAGCAGCUGGAAAGAAAGAAACAUCACGCGCUCUAAGGAAGAGGCCAUUGAGAUGCUGAAAGGUUAUGCUCGCGAAAUAAAUGGUUCGGCGGAGAAGUUCGCGGAGCUCGCUACCGUGCACAGCGACGACAAUUCACAUUCCAAGGGUGGCGACCUGGGUUUCUUCCGCCCUGGUCAGAUGCAGAAACCCUUCGAGGAGGCGACGUAUGCUCUGAAGGUCGGCGAGAUCAGCGAUAUCGUCAGCACGGAUAGUGGUGUCCACCUCAUCCUCCGCACUGCAUGA